CUGGGACGCAAUCACACACUAUUUGGACAGACUGUCCUAAAUAAAUUUGGGGCAGACUCAGAAACUGCAUAAUGCUGAUGAAAUAGCUAAGGGAGCUUUACGGAUCCAUUAUAACAGUGAGUGAGAUUUGCGACUUUAGCUAUGAAUUGAAGCUUGCCCGCUAGGUUUAGCCAAAUAAAUUAAAGUACGUUGUUAUCCGUAGCUAGCUAGCUGAUCAAGCUAAUUUGACUAGCUAGCUACUGUAGUUAGCUGUAGUUACCCUAUUUUGUAUUCGUAACUAGCUUGUCUGCUAAUCCUAGUUAGUUAGCUUGUUUUGUUUCGCUGAAUACUUUUACACGCUGGAACGCUUGUUUCUCCAUAUUGCAUGAAUGUCUGUUUAAAAGGCAAAGACAAUAUUCAAAGAAGAGCUAACGUUAGCUAACUAACUAUAACAUUUGCUAUGUUCUUUAUUUAGACCCCGCCCUCUACUCAGUUGUCUUACUGGAACAUUUGCAUUAUUGAUGUGCUGCAAUGUUUCCAUCCAAACAUUUUAGUUGGUGUAACAGUAGUAACGUUAGCUUGUCAGAGUUGACCGAUUUUACACAUUGCCAUACGAAAUAAUGAUUGUGAUUAUUGACUAUUAUAAGCUGACUUGCUGUACACCCACAUAUAGUGUACAACCUACAAGAACUCUAUCUGACAUCAAAUGAACUUACUGAAAGUAUUUCCUAGUGGUCUGCUGGGAUGGCUUCUAAGCUCAUGGACAGACUGCGACGGACACUGUUCAAAGAAGGAGAAGUAGUCUCUAAYGAGCCAAUUGAUGUAACAGAGGAAAGCUUCCCAGAGAGUUCUGAGUUAGAGGACGAUACAGAGUGUGUCUCAGAGCGGCUUGGGGGAACACUCUGCUUCGAUGGGGAGAGCGCCCUGGAAUCCGAAGACCCAGGUGAGGCCUCAGGACCAGACAGUGACUCAGACUACCUUGGAGAGUCCAUAGAGGAUGGAUUCAGCAGCACAGACACCAGCCCAGUGGGCCCGUCUCCUGGAGGCUCAUCCCUGCUCACACGUCAGCUGCAGGAUAGCUGGAGGAGCUUAAGAUUCCACAGUGUUCCUCAGAAGCUGGUGUUUGAAGUGACUGAUGCCAGUGUGGUGCAAGAGAGCUCAUCCAAGUAUGUGCUCUACACCAUCCAUUUGAUCCAGUCUGGGAUGUUUGAUGAAACCCCCGCCGCCAUCACCCGGCGAUACACUGACUUUAAGCGCCUGCACAGCUGCCUUCGCCGUCGUCACAGGGACAACAUGGAGCGUGUCGGUUUCCCCCGCAAGAAGCUGCGUAAAAACUUUGUGGCUGAGACCAUCGCCAAGCGGAGCCGAGCGUUUGAGCAGUACCUGACCCACAUGCACUCGUUGGCUGAGCUGCAGCGCUCGCCCACCUUCCUGGAGUUCUUCUACCUGGGUGACCUGAAGGCUGGCCAGAUGCUGAUGCGUGUGGGCCGUUACCAGGAGGCCCUGGGCCCUCUGCUCAAUGGCCUGAGGCUCCAGGAGAAGCUAGGCUGUGAGCAGCAGGGAAAGCAGCAGCCCCAUCACCAGCUGGGCACCCACUGGCUCUUCACCCUGUUGGCCCUGGUGACCUGCUUCCAGGAGCUGGAGCAGCUGGGGGAGGCCCAGGAGCACUGUGACCGAGCCCUGAGGGACCUGGCCCCCUCACCGGAGGCCUUGCAGCAGCACCACUUUCACCCACUGCUCAUUCCUCUUCUCCAGACCAACGUCAGACUGUCAUGGAAGAUCUCUAAGGAUAAGCGGCAGUGGGAAGUGCUGCUUCAGGAGAUCCAGGACUCUGGGGCUGAUAUAGGGAACCAGCCCAGCCUGAAGGAGUACCUGAUGAAGGAGGCCCUGGUGGAGAGCGAGGGAGACACUAAGGCCAAGCUCAAAAGGGAGAAGGCCACUUAACCCAAAGAUAAUGGUGCUCAUAGUUAUGAGGAAAGAAUUUCAUGUAACCUAGUAAUGAGGGAUUUGGUCUUUGGUCUCUUGACAUGUAUUUCCCACAGCACUGUCUGAACUGUUAGACAUUCUAAUUUGAAUACACUCAACCUACCAAGUCAUGCACAAAUAGCAGAAAACAAUCGCAUGUUAUUGUAUAUAAAGUUCAAAUUAUUUGCUUGAUUGUUUUACCUUGUAAAUUGUAGACAUGUAAGUCAUUUUUAUCCACAUUAUAUUUGAUACAGCUGCUUGGAAAUAAUUUUUUAUUAAACGUAUUUUUCCAAAACAGUUUUAACAGCAAAUAAUAGGUCACUAUUUCUAAAAUAUUCCUGCUUUUUAAAACCUUUUAAAUUAUGCCAUUCACAUUCUUGAGAUUUAAGUGGAUGAAUAACUUUAGGAUGACAAAAGGAUAGAACAUGCAUUUUUAAGGACAAACUUUGCACAAGUUAAAGUAAUAAUUUUCUACCUGUGAGGUAGAUAUUAUUUUCUUGUUUACACAUGAAAGAAAAACCAAUGUCUGACAGCUAUUGACAACACUCCUACUUGUUAGCAAGGAAUUGUAAUCAUUCUUAACUAAUUUGUUUAUAUUGCUAUAGUAUUAUGCAGCCUCUGUACCAGAUUUGGAUUUGUCACUUUAAUGUCAAUAUAGACUUACAUAAGGGAAAAUAAUUCAGGUUGGUUUUCUUUCAUAUGAGGGAGUGUGAGCAUAGGGAGGAGCCAAAUAAGAAUCUGAAUGCACCGCUGGAAGUGUGUGUUUUAGACUAUGUAUUUUUGCCAUACUGCAGGCAGUAACUGAAAUAGGUCUUGUAUCACUAAUGACGUUAUUUCAAAGCAGACCUACAAUCCUGUGAUAGAGCAGGGAGGUAAACCUUUUGUUGCACUGUGAAAUAGGCUAGUCUUUAUGCUUGAGUGACGAUUUCAAACUAACCUAAGAAUUUUCUCAAUAGCGUAGAUUAAACACUUGCAACAAUGUUACAUCUUUCUCUGAAAGUGCCUGCCUUGCACCUUUGAACUCUAGCCUUAACAUUUCACUCUGUUUCUUUGUAUACUAAAAUGAUUGGAAUAUGUAUUUUGUUUAAUAAAUCUAUCUCCCKAAAAAGUUGA